AAACAAAUGGAGAAGCGAGAGUGAGAAAUUUAGGUGGAGAAAUUGUGUAUAUGACAGAUUAAUAGAAGAAGGCGAAGGAUUGAUAAGAAGAGGUAAAAUCAGUUUGGUAGUCACGUUUUAAGCAGUUCAGCUCGAGGGUUUCAGUGGUUGUGUCUUGUAUGUGUUGAGUAAGAUGGCAUGGAUACUUGAUGAAGUCAAGCAUAUUGCAUGGGUUGUGUGAGGAAAAGGGUACAGGUUUGUAAGUUAUGAAGUUGGAUUUGGGGUUCAAGUAAAUAUAUCCAGGAAUACCACCAGGUUUAACUUCUUAUAUCAACCAGUUGACUUGCUUAUUGAUAUAGAAGGUGGUGAGAUAACUCUAGUUUAACUUCUUAUAUCAACCAGCUGCUAGAUAACAUGAGAUAAUGUGUGGAAAGUCUGGAAAGUCCAAACAGCAGAUGUCAGAUCGCCAAUACUAAACCGCCAGUGUAAUUCAGAUAGCUUUGUCAAGCUGCUACUGUGCCAUGUACCGUCCCUAGUCUGCAGUUUUAUUCAAGGCUCAAGCUGCUACUGCGGCAUUUACUGUCCCGUGUCCGCAUAUUUUUCUGCGAUAAUUAGUUAUAAAUACUGGAUGAGAGGGUAACUCUGAUCGUUUUCUUAAUCUUAGAAGGAUAUGUUUGUCUGAGUUUGCCAUACACCGAGUAGCCUGAGCAGGUGUUAGGUGCAUCUUUUACCCAAUAACAUUUAGAAUCCAUCUAUUGAGAAACCAUGAUUUGUUCUUACAGAUACAGGCACCCAAACAAUUUUGGAAGGGCCACCGCUAUUACUUGUGAAUAUUAAAACGUUUUAUUGGAUAAGAAAGGUGCUUGACGUGGCAUAACGGUUAUCACUAUUUCCACUUGUGUUCAAGAAUCAAGACUCAAGAGCUCUAUAAAAACAAAGACUUAUUACAGGCCAAAACAAACCAAUCACCUUCUUCUGAAAGAUGUUGAAGACUCCGUCUCCAUUUGUAGUACCUAUAAAAUUGCCUAGAAUAUUUUCCAAAACCCUAGUCUCAGCAAUCAGUUACAUUGUGUUUGCAUUCCUUGAUUUAUUAGACAUUGUGUUAUGCUUGUUUUAUAGAUUUAUUGAUGGUGUUAAAGAAGGAAGCACACACCUCUGUUACUGUAAGAACAGGGGUACACAGAGAAAGUAUGUUAAUGGUGAGAAUGAAGAAUAUACUGAACUCUCAGAGACUUUUUACGAAAGAAAAAACAUUUUUAGAGAUAUGGGUUUUUUUAAAUUGACAAAAGAGAAUGAGGAGGGUUUAAUCAAGAAAGAGGGGUCUGUAAUGGUGAAAAAUAGAUGGUCUGAUUGUAAGUGUGAAUCUUGUCUUUCAUGGCAGAAAUUUGAAGAUCAGAAUCUUCAUGUCGCUGUUAAACAACCAUCACCAAUAGAAAAUUUGGAGUCAGCUGAAAAUGUGAUACUUUUACAUGGGUUUCUAUCUUCUUCAUACCUUUGGACAGAAAAUGUGUUCCUUAAUCUCUCAAAAAAUGGAAAUCAGAAUUGCAGGUUGUUCGCAGUGGAUCUCUUAGGGUUCGGAAAGAGUCCCAAACCAAGUGACUGUUUUUAUACAAUUAACGAUCACUUAGAAAUGGUUGAGAAAUCUGUGAUCGAUCAGUUUCAAUUGGAUUCGUUCCAUUUAGUUGCUCACUCUAUGGGAUGUAUAAUUGCAUUGGGCAUAGCUGCUAAGUACCAAAAAUCAGUGAAAUCAAUAACCUUGAUUGCUCCUCCUUACUUUCCUUCAUCAACAGAGCAAGCAAGUUUAAAUGCACUCAAUAGACUAGCUGAGAGGAAAAUAUGGCCACCGCUAUUGUUUGGCUCUUCAGUUAUGUCCUGGUAUGAACAUGUAGGGAGAAGCAUUUGUUUCAUUAUUUGCAGAAAUCAUAGAACAUGGGAAUGGCUUCUCAAGCUAGUCACUAGAAAAAGGGAGCUUUCAUUCCUGUUCAUGGACUUGACUAGGCACACGCAUCAUUCAGCCUGGCAUACCAUGCAUAAUGUAAUAUGUGGAGGAGCAAAAUUAAUAGACAGGUAUCUUGAGGCUGUGACUUCGUCAGAACUCAUGCUAACAGUUAUCCAAGGUGAUAAAGAUGAAGUAGUUCCUUCAGAGUGCAUUCACAAUAUAAAGUUGAAGGUGCCUUCUGCAGAGAUUAGGAUAAUCCCUAAUGCUAAUCACAAUUCUCCAAUUCUCGAUAGGAAAGAGGAUAUUUGUAAGGAUUUAGAACACAUUUGGUUUUCUUCUGCGGAGAAGUACGAGCAGAAGAUUUUGUAGUCACGGAUUUAGAUCAACAGUCAAAGAGGCUACGACGAUGAAAAUCAACUAAUAGUUUUGUUCAUUCUCAUUGGUUGGGGUGGUUCCUAAGUUUAUCAUCUUCAUUUGUGGACUGAUUGAACUCACUUCGAGUUAAGUUGAGCACUCAUUUGGCUGAUGAACAUAGUUCCGCAGAAAUUUGGGCACAUGAUACAUCUCUAUUUAACUUUUGGUUUUUUCUACACACGGAGGAUUUCCCCAUGUGCCAUAUAUUUGUAUUUAUUUUCGGCGUGGAGAAGUUGCAAUUUUCGGCGUGGAGAAGUUGCAAUAUUCAAUACAUUGCGGCAUUGCGGCAUUUCCGUUUACAAGGCAUAAAAUGCAAACUUUGAUUUUGUAGUGAGACCUUAACAAGCUGUCAGAUCAACAACAGCCCGUCUAGCUCAGUUGGUAGAGCGCAAGGCUCUUAACCUUGUGGUCGUGGGUUCGAGCCCCACGGUGGGCGUUUUUUUUUUUUUUUUUUUUUUUUUUUUUUUUCCUUUGGAUCUUUUCAGUUUGCAGUUCAGUAGAAUCUGCAGUUCCUCUCCUUCCUAUGUCCACCAUAUUGGAAUGGUAGGAGACUCCAGAACUGUUUGAUGAGUCUUGUACUCUUCUUUCUCGACAUAGCCAGAAAAUAAGGCUAUCUAGAAAAUGAUGCCAUAAUUUCAUA